UUUUGUGAAAAGUUAACAAUUUGUAUUGCUCUCGUUGAAUUGCAAAAAUUUAUGAGAUAACUUAUAUUAUAUCAUUUUGUAGGGAAUUUUAUCCUCUUUAAUAUUGUUGUAAAAGUUUGAAAAUUCAUCCUUUCGUUUUCUUGAAAAUAAUUUUUAAAGAAAUAGAGGAUAUUUUUGAACCAUGGAUUCCCAAUAGUGCGCAUCCUAGAAAAUCUGUAAACACGCUUGUGUUUUUCACUACCUGACUUUUGUUUUGAUAGAAUGGAGUGUUAAAUACCUGUAAAAGGCUAAAGGGUGUUAGUUUUCAGUGAAGAAACAUUCCUAAGAGUGAAAGAAUACUUGAACAAUGGGCUUUCUAUGCAGAAAUAAGCUCACACAUAACCCCUACUCAUAGUAAAACAUAUUUUCGCAAUUUUCGUCAAGUACUCAUGUUUUUUAUAUCUGUUCUCAGUGUUCUCGUGAUAAUGAAACGUAUUAUUGCGAUUUUUGUCAAGAAUUAAUUUUAUUGAAGUAAAUUUACACAUCGCGCACUAUUAGGAACCCUACUGCGCACUUUGAAGGAGCCCAUGGCUCCUAAUAGUGCGCAUUUGACAUUUUUUACUCAAGGUAGGAUUUCUCAGUCAGUUAUCAAUGAAAAAUUUUGAAACUCUGGAAUUAUGUAGCUGAAUGAUACAGCUACAACAUAUCAAAAAAUCACGAUCCUAGGUGACUUUGCGGUGGAAUGACAGCGAUUUUGGUACUAAGUGCGCACUAUUGGGAGACUUUCCCCUAUUGCGUACAACUUAAAGUCGAACACACUAUUGAAUACACCUCGUCGGUAUCUCAUUCUUGACGAAGAUCUGAAGAAACUCAAUUUAUUCGUUCUUGAAUUUCGGACCAUUUUUUUUUUUACAAGUUGGUUCAAUAGAUGAUGAUGCCGGAGGCCAGACGCUAAUUUUCAACAUCAUCGCUAAUAUGCUACAGAAUUUUCAAAGAUAUGUAUAUACCUACUCGUAGUAUUCUCAUCAGUCAUCUGGACAAAUUUAACGAUGAGGAGGUAAUCGAAUAAAAAAAGUUCAUUGCGACGCAGAGCAGAGGCAAAGCAUCAUAUGAUAUGGUCGAUUACCACGACGACGACGACGACGACGUCGUAGGUAUAACUUUGGUCUAUGAAAUGAAAAUGAAAACCAGUUCGUCGAUGAAUGUUUCUUUGCAGAAUUUAUUCUUCCGCGAGGUUUCCGUCGGGUAACUCGCGAGUCAAAGUGUUGAAGUUUUUUUCCUUAUUGUCGUAUUUGAAUUUUUUUUUUGUUUGUAAAAUUGUAUAAGUACAUAUAUAGGAUAGAAGCUUUUGAUGCAUUUUUUAGAAUGUGUUUUAAACACGGUGCUGUUGAUUGUUCGUUUAAAGCUACGACCAUUGUUUAUUUAUUGAUUAGCGUGUUAUCGUCUAUGGCAUGCGGUUCAUUGUACUUUAUGAAACACGUUGUAGAAAAUGCAGAUCUCACGAUUGAAAAUUACAACAGAAGUGUAUUAUUUUGUUAUUUUGUCAUCGACGUGGCGACAGGAAUCACCGGACUUUAUGGGAUAUUUGAAAAAAAACCCAGAGCGUUAUUACCAUUUUUUAUCUUUAAGAUAUUCGAUCUCAUUUGGAUGACCAUUUUGGCUCUGUACGAUUCUAGUCAUUUAACAUUCCUACCUUUAUCUCUAAUUAAACUGAUGGGUAAUGCGACUUUUAUUGGAAAUACCAAUUUCAUGGUGCAUGAUGAAGCUGCUAUUUUAGUACUGGGAUGUCUACUGUUCGUAUUAGGAAUGAAAAUAUAUUUCACAGUCAUCCUAUACGAAUACUACCACGUGUUAUUCGAAAUAGUUGCUCGGCAAGGUAAAGUAUUCGCGAGAGUGAACCCAGAAGAACUCUGUUACAUUUCAAUGACUUGAAAACGAUGAGCAAUAUUCUCAAACGAAGGAAAAAAUCAACCCAUUCGAGAUGGAAGAAAUGAACCCUCUCACAUUCGAAUUUCGAUGAAUAUUGAGCAAUUCCUCGAGUAGAAAGCUUCUUGAAUAUGGUUUUGAGAUGAUGUGAUAUAAUAAAGACCCAUCUAUCUUCGAGAGUUCUCAACUCUUUGCAACUACAUAUCAAAACAUCAAGGUUAUCAACUACAUAGAAGUGAAGAAUAUUACGAUAUAUAUAAGUUAUAAUUUCGUAAAAAAAAAAUUGAUAGAUGUUGCGAAUUCUGUAUUUGGUAAAAUUCGUGAAACAUUGGUGAAUUUCUAUACAGCAAGUGGUUCAAGAGAAGAUCCCAAGUUACAGUGUAGUUGUUCACCUUGAAUUAUUCGUAGUUUUUUAUCAACUGAAUGUUUUGAUAAAAUUAAUGCUGAUGUAUCCGAAAAAAAAAAAAAAUAUAUAGGUAUUAGUAUCCAGACAUGUCAACUAUUGAAUGGGUUAAUUUUACUAUACAAGUGGACUGACCAACUUCUCAACUAUAGUUGACAAGUCAUGGGUUAAUUUUACUAUACAAGUCAACUACGAGUUUUCAGAAACUUCCACCAGAGGGCGCAUGGCUUAGAAAUCAAGGCGCGAGGACGAACGCAGGGUCUACAGUCAAUUUGUAGUGAGUAGAAUGUGAUGUGCUGGUGGAGAUGUAUGCAAAUACAUCGAUCCUGAGUGUACACGACAACAAAUUUGACUUGAAAUUUUUCAGUAUUUUAUUGGCCUAUGGAAAAUUUAAAAACAUCAAAAAUUUUUGUGCUGUUUAAGCUUUCUUUUGGUGUCUUAACUUUCUCAAAAUUCAAAUUACUUUGACUCCAUUUUCAAAAAUUUUCUUCAAAAUUUAGCCUAAAAAUCUGAUUACUUUUUUCAAAACAUAGAUUUUUUUAAUAUUAGACUGAAUCUGCAAAUAAAAUUUUAAUAAGUCAUUUAGAACAGAAAUUAUACCAAUUUUAAAAUUUUGUUCACUUUUCUGCAUAUAUGCCAAGCAUAGUUGACAUGUCUGGUCGCAAGCAAAUAUAUAUAUAUAUACAUAGAUUUAAACUUAGUCAUUGUGGUGCCCGUUUUAAGUAUACGUAGUCAUUGUGGUGCCCGGUUUUGGGCUUGUGGCGCCCAAAUCGGGCACCACAAGGUCUUUUUAUAUAAAACGAUGUAGAAUUUCAUGAAAUGCACUCUAAGGUGAAAAAAAAAUUUUUGAGGCAGGCACCACAAGUACCAAGUUUAUAUAACGGGCACCACUAUGACUAAAAACCCUAAAAAAAAUAAACUGCUCUAAAACACCUUUAUCAUACAUAUAUAUAUGAUCCUCUAUGUACGCGGGCACCACAAUUACCAUAAAAGACCCGGGCACCACAAGGUACUAGGUACGUGUAUUCAUAUAACUAAUUAGAACGACUUUAAUAUUUGUGCAGUGGUACCGAAUUAAUUCAGUAUCGUCUUUUCAGAUCUAUCAAAAUUUUCUCCGAAUUAAUUAUCAAAAUGCGAGUAUUUUUCAAAAAUAGGUAAAAAUUACAGGAAAGGCCAUAAAAAAUUCCAAAAUAAAAUUAGGUACUUAAAAUCUAUAAAACACAAAAGAAAUUCGCGAUUAAACUUAAAAAAAUAACAUCACAACGCAUCACAAUUUCAAAAAACUUGAUGCUAACCCAAAAUUGCCAACAAUACGUAGAACAUCGUUUAAAUAAUUUCGAUAUUGGUGGUAAAUGAUAUCUCGAAUCGCAAAGAACGACGUUGCAUUUUCAAAAUGAAAAAUUUCGUCUAAGAUAAAACUAUAUGAUGUGAAAGUACUCUGUACCUACUCAAGAUACAAUCGAAUUCUUAUAACACCAUCUUAAACGCUAAAUUAAGUACUAAUUAUUUAAUCAUAUAAAAAAAUUAAAAUAAAAUAAGAAUAUUUAACCACGUA